UUUAGUCGGUGCUGGAUGCUGGCGCCCGCUGGACCGGACCGCCACUGGCUGGAGGCCGCGGGUAUAUUGCAGAGCCCCCCUGCCGAGCUGCGCGGCGCGGGCGAGGACUUCCCCCGGCCGGCGCUUCGCGUCCCACUGCUGCUGCUAGCGUCCCACUGCUGCUACUUCUUUGCUGCUUCCCCGCCAACGGCGCUCUCAGUCAUGAUGCCGAAAACUACGGGCGUCACUUGCUAGCAGAACUUGCGGAAGACGACAAGAAAAAUCAUCGCAGGAGAAAGCAAAACGCUUCAGGUGCGGCAGGAUGGGCGCCACCAGCUCGUCGCGGUCCGCGCGCCGCCUGCUGCGGGGCCGGCUGUGCUCGCUCUGCCCCUCGCGAGGUGCCGCCGGCGGCGCCAAGGGGGCCGAGGCCGGCGGCACUGCGGCUGCCGCGCACCAGGACGACGCCGUCAUCGUGAUGCCCCUGGACAACCCACCGGACGUCAUUGGAGCGCACGAGAGGUACUACAGCCCCGGCGGCUACCCGUACGGCCUGGACGGCCUGGCCGGCAGCCUCCCCGGCCGGACGCUGGCACGCACCCUGCCCACGCAGCACCAGCACCCGCCCUGGCCGCCGCGCCAGGACCGCCAGCACGACGCGGGGAGGACCACCGCGAGGACCUGCUCCACCACCACGCCCUCCUCCAGGUCCAGGACGGAGGCCCGGUCCGGAUCGUCGUCGCCGCCCUCGCGUCAGCCGCACAGCCACAGCCGGCGGCACCGGCACCACCGCGGCCGCUCCAGCAAGCCCUCCAGCGGGUGCUCCAGGUCCAGGCCCUCCGCCAGGUCGCCCCGGCAUAGCAGGGCCGCGCAGUCCAGGGCCUGCUUUGGGUACGACAUAGAGGACGUGGACGGAUUCCUCGCCAAGGCCUCCAUCCAGAGUCCGGCCAACAUCCCCAUGGUGCUCGCCGCCGCCUGCACGCUGUACCGGACGCGGGAGGGCGGCUGGCAGGAGGAGGUGCCCCUGCCGCUGGGGAUGGUGGUCAACGGCGUGUUCCGCGCGUCUGGCUGGCUCUACGCGCAGACCCCCCACGGCCACGAGGGCUACGUCCGCUACACGUCCUGCCUACCGCUGGGCAUCAUCCCGCCGCAGCGCGCCGAGGCCGCCGAUGAGGCCCCGACCAGGGUGGCCGAGGUCCGCGCCGCGGCCGCCGCCGCCUCCUCGUCGUCGCCCUCGCCGCGCGGCGCGGGGCAGAGGCCGGGCCCCUGCUGGGACACGGCCUCAGACAUCUUCCCGUACCCGGCCCUGUGCUCGGGCAACAGGACGGACACGGACAAGAUUGGGGACACGCGUUCAGAGAGUGCGUACAGCUCCAGGCGGCCUGCCGCUGCCGCCGGCCGGGGUCGCCGUGCGCUCAACCUGGAGCACCUCCUCGAGGCCCGGCGCGCGGAGCAGAGGGUGGACGCCCUCUACAUCCAGGCCUGCACCGGCGGCUCCGCCGUCUGGGCCGCAUCCACCACGGCGUCUUCACGACCGGGCACGCUCGUGGUUGUACAGAGAACGUACACCGGCUUCGGCCUCAGUCUAGCGCGGGGCGACGUCGUCGCCAUCUUGGAGAACGAGGACAGCGGGUGGCUGCGAGUCCAGGACCGUCACGGAAGGGAGGGCCUCGUGCCAGCCUCCAUAACAGACAGCGGAUAUUUGUAGGCUUUAAUUGCGUCCUUUGUUGCCAGCAUAGUGGGGGAAUGGAAUAAAAACGA